UUCAAACGAAUACAGUGUCCCAGUGUGUGAAUAUUUAUAAAAAAACCGAACGUAACGAAAAAUUAAUAAAAAAAAUAAUAUUAAAAAUCAAAAUUUAUAUUUAUAUUUCUUUUACGCGAACGGGACACAGCUACAGGUGUCAAGUGUCAUUAACAAGUAUUUUAACAUUUUCCUUUUGAGCGAAUUCCUUUAAACCGCCCACAUAACCAUCUUUCCUGUAAUCGAUUUAACUCUUGUAUUAUUUUUUUUUUUUUAUCUGAGAAUUUUAUUUUUCCAACUUCAUACUCAACCCAUUAAAUAUUUUAAGCAAAAUGGUUGAUGCGAAAUCCUUGUGUCACUUGACAAUUUUAUUGUUGUCAUUGUGUUUUAUGGCGGUUAAAUGCAGUUUAGAGCCCACAGAUCAAUUUAUUGAUAAUCCCACAGAUACAAAACAAGAUGCGUUAACAUUGCACAAACGACCAUCAUUCUUUGUUGGCAGUCGUUAUGGCAGAUCCGGUUCAUCGUCAUCAUCAGGUUCAUCAUUGUUUGCCACCUCAAAGACACGUCGCUUAAAUGUUGUACCACGUAACGAUAGAUUUUUCUUGAGUUCACGUUACGGCAAAAGAGCGGGUAUGGAUUUUUUACAAAAUACUAACAUUAACAAUAAAAACAAAAACAUAAAUGAUAAUUCUAUACUCGUACCAUUGUUGUCGACACCAUAUGAACAAGCUUUGAUUUCAGAAAUCUCAACCGGUACACAAUUGAGCAAUAAGCCCAUACCAGAGCAACAACAACAUCAGCAGCAGCAACAAUUUGAUGAUGUUCUACAGCAACAAUCAUCAUCUUUACCACCCUACGCCUAUAUGUCAUGCGUUUAUACCGGAUUACAAAAUUAUUACCGUUGUAACAGCAUUGACUCAACAAUGUUUUAUUUUAAAAAUGCUGCAAUUAACGAUGAUGAAAACGAAAAUGAAGUACACUCAACUGGUGCUACUGGUGCUGGCCUCCUUAAUGACGACAAUGAUGAUGACACUGAUGAUGAUAAUGUUUUAAACGAUAAUGAUGUUGAUGAUGACGAUAAAAAGUAAUGGGUAUAUUUUACAAACAUACAUAUAAACACACACAUACAAACUAGGGAAAAAUUAAAAUUAAAAUCCUUAACUUCCCACAUAUUUAAAAUAAAAUAAAAUAUAAAAUAUUAUUAUAAUUAAAAAGAAAAGCGAAAAGCAAAUACCCUUUCAAAUUUAGAACAAAAUGUAUGCUAAAUUAAUAUAUAAAUGUUUUUUUUUUUAAUUUUCUUAAGUUAAAAUGUAUAAAUAUUAAAAACAAAUAAUUAUAAAAAAUUCAACUAGAAUUAAAAUUUA